AUGGAUUCUAUGGGACCAGGGUAUACUGCGCUGAGAAAAGAGCUCGAAACUCUUGUCCUUGCAAAUAAUAUCCUUCACUAUCACAAUGUCGUCGACGCCUACGGUCAUGUUUCUCUUAGACAUCCUGACAAGCCUGACGUUUUCAUCAUGUCUGGAGACAGAGCGCCGGCUUUAGUAUCCUCUCAAUCUGAUCUCAUCCCGUACAACGUAACUGAUGCUUCUCCUGUUGAUUCAAAUGCCAAGAAGGGCUAUCAAGAACGAUUCAUUCACAGUGAAAUCUACAAAAAGUUCCCACACAUCAACAGUGUGGUCCAUAGUCAUUCAGAUGCUGUUCUCCCCUACACCAUGAGCGGUGUUCCAAUAAAACCCACCUUUCACAUAGCAGGCUUUCUAGGAACGCAUGUCCCAACCUUCGACAUAACACCCAUCUACCAGCCCGGUGACCAACAAGACAUGCUCGUCAACACACAAACCUUCGGCUCCAGUCUUGCAUCGGAAUUCUCCAAAGAAGGUUCAGCAAGUCAGGCCCACAAUGUCGUUCUCAUGACAUGUCAUGGCUUCACCGCCAUCGGAACUAGCAUCAAACAGGCUGUUUACCGAGCGAUAUACACACAUGUAAACGCUGGUAUUCAGACAAAUGCGUUGCUCAUCCGGAAUGCUUCGAUGAAUAUCGGACCCGGCUCAGAAGCAUCGUCGUCUCCGCUAGGAGACAUGAGGUACCUGACUGAGGAACAAGUGUCUGGAUCCCUGCAAAUGAAUGAGGCGUCGCAGGAUAGACCAUGGGCCUUAUGGGUGAAAGAGGUGGAAGCCUGCCCGCUCUACCAAAAAGCUGGCAAGGCACUCGUGGUUGAGAAGAGGUUUUUGUAA